AUUUGUAAGACGACGAAGAUGACGGCUGUCCAACUAUUCACAUUGAUCAUCAUUGGGAUGGUUUCCCCCUUGUUGGCUACAGAUGUAGAUUUAGGCUUUCGAUAUCGUUUAACGCCAUGUCCAACCUUUUCGACGGGUAAUGCCUUAAACGAAACCGAGUUUUUGGGCACUUGGAACGAGAUAAAGAGGACUAGUUUCCUCUUUGAGGAUAACACAAAAUGUGUGACAACCAAAUACUUUGAACGAGGAAGCGGGGGUUUCUUUUUGGCAUAUGGAAGAAUAAUAUUUUGGCCCAUCUCGUUUGAGAAGACGACAAGGAUACGGCUGAGGCCUAGGAUGGAUGAAUCUUACGAAUCCGAAAUAAAAGUACAAAAUACAUGGAUAUCGCUGGGAAACAUCAGAGUCCUAUAUACAGACUACACCGACAUUGCAGUCACCUAUUCGUGCAGAGACCUGUUUUAUGGAACAGCAGUUGAACAAGCAUGGAUAGUCUCCCGAACAACUGCGGCAUUGACAUCAAACCAAGAGGCCACAGUUACUACCGCACUAACACCCACAGGACUCCUCUUGAGUGAGUUCCAAGCGGUUGACAACACCAACUGCGGACGAUAACUUUAUCGUGUCAAAA